CAGAACAGGUGAUACGAGUGAUAUCUCGUGAUUCGUACUACUGAAUUUUAUAGUUUUAACAAAUUGCAAUCGUUAUUGAUAAAAAUUGCAUACGUUUGAGCUUUGAUUUCAAUAAAAUUGAAAUGAUGACGAAAUACAGAUAAAAUCCUUUCGUAAGGUGCUCCACGUACCUAACAAGUUUUUUAAGAAGUUGUAGAAAAUAAUAACUCUAAUGAAGAAUGGCGUUCCCUCCAUUAGUUAGUUCUACACCUCCUCCUUUAGAUAAUUUUGGAGAUUCUGAGGAAGAUGAGUUUGGAGAUUUUACAACUGGAGGCAUAGAUGGAUUGUCUGUAUCAUCAGAUUCACCACAUAAACUUGUAACACCAAUUCAGACACCUUUAAUAUCUCAAAAUACUUCACCAAAAGUAAACAGUGUUUUAGAAACUUUGGAAAAUUCUCAAAUAAUUGUUCCAAAACCAGCAAUUACAGAUGAUUUUUUAAUACUUGAAAAAAUAAAUGAUACUGUAAAUGAUAUUAAACUUAAGACAGAAGUUGAGAAUUUCAAUGAAGUAAUAGGAAAUGAUAAUAAAAUAAACUUGGAAAAUGUGAACAAUAAAGAAAUUAUUACAGAGAGAGGAGCUUCUAGCAAAGUUAAUUUAGUCAAUGAAGACAGUAACUUUGGAGAAAGCGAACAUGAAACCUCUUUAAAUCAUUUAGAAGAUAUAGAGCCUUUAAGUUUAGAUUUAGGGGAUCCGACUGUUGCUCCUGAUACCAUACAAACAAUAGACAAUGACUUCUAUGAUUAUGAACAAUUUAAGACCCAACAAAAUUGGGUUUCUAACAACAACAUAUCUACAAAUAUUUCGGAAACAGAUUACGUUAAAUUUCAAGAGUCUGAAGUUACCUUAAAUAAUGUAAACAGUUUAAACAAAGAUAUUAACAUAGAAAAUAUAAAAGAUUCAAGUUUGGAUUUGGAAAAUAUUGAAAAACCAAAAUUAGAUGAUAAGUGCAUAGAAAAUCUAAGUGUAUCUAAUAAAAAAGCUAUCUUUGCACUUGAAAUUGCAAAUGUUGGACAUUCAGAGUUUUGUAGCCUUAUUAAAGAAAAAUUGAACAUUGAUGAUUCAAAGGAUGAGUUUUCUUUAAAAGAUCAAGUGAAGAAUGAAAUUGUUAAAGAUCUUCAAUUUUCUGAAAAUGAAGAUGGUAAAAUUGAGGAUAAUUUUUUACCUUCUACACCACUGCCAAAUAUUUCCAAGUGUUCCAAAUUUGAUGAUAUUAAAUAUGACUCUAUGUUGGAAACUUCCACUAUUACACUUCAAACAGAGUUUUCUAAUUAUUCAAUUGAAACAAAUGAAAAAGUAAAAGAACUAAUAACUCAAGAUGAUGAUUUUGGUGAUUUUACCAAUUUCUCAGAACAUACAAAAUUUGAAAAACUGGAUCAAACAAAUGUACCUGAUAAGAAGGACAAGGAUGAUGAUUUUGGAGACUUCAAUGAUUUUGAGCCAGUAUUUGAACAACCUGUAGUAGAGCAAUCAGAAAUUAGUCUGAAAGAAUCAAUUUGUCACAUAGAAAAUAAAAGUGCUGCAAACAAGAUAGAGGAUAUAAUAACUACAAUGUUUUCAAUGGAUACAGAACAAUGUGAAAUUGAGAUAUCAUCGUUAAUAAAUCAGGCAGAUAAAGUGUGGAAAAGCAUAAAAAAUGUGGAGGAAACGAAUGCUUUGACAUAUCAGUGGGCAAACAGCUCCAGCAACAAUGUGUUGUUAAAUUCCCUUGGUAUUGAUUCUCGCAAUAUUUUAUUUGGGCCGAGAUGGAAUCCAAAUGUUCCAAGAUUUGCUGCAAAUCUUGGUUUUACACCAUUGGAACCAAUUAAAGCUACUAAUGAUAUGCAACCUGUUGUUUCAUUGAGUACUAAUAAAACUCAAACUUCAAUUAAUUCAGAAGAAGUACCUGCUGCUCAAUUUGAUUGGAAUAGUUCUGGGCUUGUUAAUCCCCUAGAAGCUAGUGGUGGGUUAUCUGCUCUUCUACCUCUGGACUUUUUGUGUCCUUUCGAUCCUCUACUAACAUCCCAGAGCUCCACCAACUCUGAAUCCUACUGUCGACCAAGUAGUGCAAGGAAUCCUAUUAACCAUUAUAUCUCAGAAGUAAAUGUAAAUCGGGAACGAUGCAAUUCUGUAUCGAAAGUGGAAAUGGUAGACUCUCUGAAGAAUGACAUUAUAAAAUCACAGAAACGUUCACAGUCUUCGAAGAUGAUCGAACCUUUAUUUGCUCCUCGUACAGCAGAAUGGAAGAAAAAAAUUGAUCUUGACUCAGGACAUAAACAGAAGAACGCGAGUAUUCAAAAGGGUAUUUCAAUAGAGAAACAAUGUCUACCGAUAGAAAAGCAGUUUUUAACAAUUGAAAAACAAUACACAACUGAAAGGCAGUUUACAUCGGUUGAAAAACAAUUUCCGUCAAGUGAUAAGCAGUAUUUACCCUCUGAAAAAUCGACUUUGGGAGACAUUUAUCGUGGAAAAUCUGUGAAUAAGAGAACUGCAUCUGAACCCGUGAUAAUGGACAGAUUCGGUCGGGUAAUGCCAAUCCAGCCAGAAACAGCAAAGGUAUUGAAUCGUUUGCCAGAUCUUUCAUUUCUCAGCGCUAGAACUUUAAUGCUCGAUCGGGAACACAAGCAAAUCGGCUGUGAAAUGGGUGUUAUAAGUCGUAAGAUGCCUGGCUGAGUAACGUCGGUCUGAGCGCGAGUUUGAAAGGUCAGAACAUUCAGUAGAUCUCUUUCUGUCCCGUGGACAAAUUGACGAGAUGUAGAAAUGAAGGAGAAAAGACGUUCCGUUAACCUUUCAAAUCCGCGCUUGGGCCGACUUUCAA